AUGGCCACCCCCCGCUUCGCGCUCAAGUGCGCCAAGGAAGCCGCCGGCACAAUCCCGCUUCCCAACCUGUGCAUCGGCACCUGGGCAUGGGGCGACGCGCGGACGUGGAGCAACGCCUCGAAGGACGCGGUGGCGGACCUGAACGGGGCGUGGGCCAGCAUAAGCGACUCGGACCUCUUCUUCAUCGACACGGCCGAGUCCUACGGGCAGGGCGAGUCGGAGCGCAUCAUCUCGCGGCUCCGCAAGGACCCCAAGCUCACCAGCGGCGAGUUCAAGGCCAGGCUCGUCAUCGCCACCAAGUUCCUGCCGGUGCCCUGGCCGCCGUCCCGCCUGCUGAUGCCGAGCGGCCUGGUCAAGGGCUGCAGGGCGAGCCUGGAGAGGCUGGGCAUGGAGCAGAUGGACCUCUACCAGAUCCACGGGCCGGUGCACUUUGCCCACUCGAUCGACGCCAUGGCGGGGGGCCUGGCAAAGUGCGUGGAGCUGGGGCUGACCCGCUCGGUCGGCGUCAGCAACUACAGCAGGGACGAGAUGAUCACGAUCGACGAGGCGCUCAAGAAGAGAGGGCUGAGGCUGGCCAGCAACCAGGUCGAGUUCUCGCUGCUGCGCACGCUGCCCGAGAAGAGCGGGCUGCUGGAGGAGUGCAGGAGGCGCGGCAUCGUGCUGAUGGCGUACAGCCCGCUCGGGAUGGGCCGCCUGACGGGCAAGUACUCCAAGGAGAACCCCCCGCCGGCAAACAGAAGGUUCGGGAACUUCCCCAUGGAGGAGCUCGCGCCCCUCCUGGAUGCCAUCCGCAAGGUCGCGGGGGCGCACGACGUCAAGCCCAGUGCUGUGGCGCUGAAGUGGGUGAUUCAGAAGGGGGCGAUCCCGCUCGGCGGGGUCAAGAAUGCGAAGCAGGCCGAGGAGAAUGCGACGGCCGCCAGUGAUGAGUGGUUGUUGGGUCAGAGCGAGAUGGAGGAGCUGGAUAAGCACGCCCAAGUCGGCACGACGAGCUUCAUGUGGCAGCAUGGUUGA